GCAAAGCGACGCAUGCCCGCCUCGCUAGCCCUCGACCUAGCUUCUCAACACCAAGCCACUGCUCGCAACCGCGACGCCCAUACCCAGGCAUAUGACGAAAACCGUCCACAGCCCUCUGCCAAACGCCUGCUCCUCCGCAUCAGCUUCGACCUCUCGGCGUUGGCGAACCUGUGGGGAAUGACGUUGAGGCCGCAGUGCAGCAAUUCAACAAAGCAAAUCCGCCUGCUGUCGAGCCCGGGAGGACCCCGGAUCCGCCUCAAGGGCCCUUAUCGCUGCCGUAUCCUGCAUGCGCUGUGCCAAUACACCAUCGAGCCCAUCACGUAA